AUGAUGGAGGAUAUGGACGACAAAAGCCUUGAUUUUCCGGAUGCCCCUGGAGCCACCAAUGUGGGCUUCGAUUCAACGGAAUCAGGAUCAGAUUCACAAUCAAGUGACAAACGUGAUGAGGUACAGGAGAUCCGAAAUCAAUCUCGUACCGAAGAUCGUCGCGUCGAUCUGUGGCGGUGGACGCUUCUUUUUCUAAUUAUGGCAGUCGGUGUUGUAAUCACUGCUCUUACAUACUACUUCCUGCAGCAAGAGGAACAGAAAGCCCUCAAUAUUGCGUAUGAUCAGUUCUCCGAGGCACUUUCGGACGCUGCCAUCCGGCAACAAGACGACAUUCGUGAUGCCUGCCGUACCUUUUCAACAGUCAUUUCCGAUCAAGCAGCUGAAACCAAUCAGACAUGGCCCUUUGUGGCUUUGCCAAAUUUCGAGUCAUUAGCAGUGAAUUUCCGCAAGAUCUCGGGCACAGAGAUCUUUACAUUGUUUCCCACUGUCACACGAGCAAAUACUGACGCCUGGUUGAACUAUGCCGACCAGCAACAUGUGCCAAUGGUGAAACAAAGUCACAUGUUGAAAUACAAGACCCUGGACAAUCUCAAGGAAGUUGGCUACAAGUCAUAUUUCCAGAGAGCCUCACCCAAUGGAUUCGUCCCAGAUAUUGACCGAGACGUCUAUCACCCAACGUGGCAGUUUUCACCCCCCAUGUUCUCAUAUGGAGCUCUCAAUUGGAACGUCUUUAGUCUUCCCGACCUUGGUGCUGUGUUUGAUGCAGUCAAGGUUUUGAAAAACGAGUCCCUGGUAUCGGGAGUCCGACCAUAUGCUGCUGCUUCACUGUCAUUCACCGACGAAGAACAUGCUCGUAUGCACAGCGAGAUUGAAGGAUCUUCCACCGAAUUUCCACACAGCUUCAUUUACACUCCGGUUCAUCUGGAUUCGCAAGACUCCAACAGUCCCAUUGUUGCAGCCAUUGGUGCCGCGAUGGCCUGGGACUUCUCCCUUCGUACUCUUUUGCCAGCUGGAGUGGUUGGAAUUCAAGCGGUGAUCAAGAAUUCCUGCAACCAAAGCUUUACAUAUGAGAUUAGUGGAUCAGAUGCCUACUACGUUGGUGAAGGUGACCUGCACGACGAAGAGUUCAACUAUUACGAGCGCGUUGUCAGAUUGUCACGAAAUAGCCACCCUUACACUGAAUCGACAGAAGGACACUGUCUAUACUCCAUGCAUCUGUAUCCAGACUCCAAGUUUGCAAGCCUGUACCUGACGGCAGCGCCUCUUCUAUUUGCAAUUGGGGUGGCUGGGGCUUUCGGGUUCAUGGUCAUUGUUUUCUUUGUGUACAAUCGGUUCGUCUUCACGCGGAAUGAAAAGCUUGUUGAGAAUGCUGCCAGAUCGAACGCCGUGAUUACGUCCCUCUUCCCCGAAGCUAUCCGCAACCAGCUCAUCGGGGAUAACAACAACACGAACAAUCCAAGAAGCUUCCAAGAGUUGCUGGGACCUGUUUCCGACCCUGUGGCAAACUUGGCAAGACCGCCUCUUGCCGACUACUUUGCCACGGCAACUGUCAUGUUUGCUGAUAUCUGCGGCUUCACUGCUUGGUCAUCUGUCCGUGAACCAUCUCAGGUCUUCACUCUGCUAGAGACGUUGUAUGGAAGUUUCGACCGCCUAACAAAGAACUCCAAAGUUUUCAAAGUGGAAACAGUAGGAGAUUCGUACAUAGCUGCGACUGGAAUACCAAAGUAUCACAGAGACCAUGCUGUAUCGAUGGUCCAAUUUGCGCACAGGAUCUCGAAGGAAAUGAGCGCGAUGACCAAAAUGUUGGAGACAACACUUGGACCAGACACAUCCGAUCUGCUACUCCGCAUUGGUAUUCACACUGGACCCGUUACGGCUGGUGUCAUUCGGGGCGACAAGGCUCGCUUCCAAUUGUUCGGAGAUACCAUGAACGUGGCAUCUCGAGUUGAGAGUACCGGUGUCGCUGGACGAAUUCACGUUUCCAAGGAUACUGCAGACAGCCUUCGAAAAUGCAACAAAGGACAUUGGCUUGUCAAGCGCGAGAAUGGCAGUGUCGUUGCCAAAGGAAAGGGCGAUAUCCAGACCUAUUGGAUCGGUAAGGCUGUCGAAAAGGCAAAACCUGAAUCGUAUGGGCCGUACGAGACAGCCUCCGAAUCAGAUAGCUCGCAGAACCCUGAUGAUGUUGUUGAUGGUCAAUUUUCGGAGCAACUCGGCCAUUCUGAAGGUCGUGAAGAUCGUUUGGUUGACUGGAACGCGACUGUCUUCUUGGACAUUCUGAAACAUAUCGUCGCAAGACGCGAAGCCUAUGCUAAAGCUGGGAUCAACAGCAACUCGGAACCUCGUUCGGAUGACCCUGAGGUCUUGACCAGGAUGAACAUGAAUGACUACAAGCCCAUCAACGGAGUUCGUGAGAUCAUCGCUCUUCCUGAUUUUAAUGAUGUGGCUGAAGCGAUGAAAGAAGAUGUCCAAUCCGUUGAGAUCCCAGAUGAAGUCGUUGCUGAGCUGCGGAGCUACAUCUCGACUGUCGCUGGCCUGUACAGAUCGAACCCCUUCCAUAACUUUGAACAUGCAAGUCAUGUUACAAUGAGCGUUAUCAAGCUGUUGUCACGCAUCAAAGCUCCGUCGGACUUGGAGUUAAUGGAAAGGCACGGAAGCAGUGAAGACCUUUCACAAGACAUUCAUGCUCAUUUGCAUGAUCACACUUAUGGAAUCACUUCCGAUCCGCUGACUCAGUUUGCUUGCGCUUUUGCUGCUUUGGUCCAUGAUGUAGAUCAUGAGGGGGUACCAAACGCACAGCUUGUGCAAGAAGGAGCUGCUGUUGCCACCAUGUACAACGAGCGUAGUGUUGCUGAGCAAAAUAGUUUAGUAAUAGCAUGGAACUUGUUGAUGAGCGAUCGCUUUGCAAACUUACGAAACACCAUUUGCGCCACUGCCACCGAACUAAGUCGCUUCCGACAAUUGGCAACCAAUGCCGUCAUGGCCACGGACAUUGUCGACAAAGACUUGAAGCAGUUGCGAAACAAUCGAUGGGACAAGGCUUUCAAACGAGAUAACAACGCUGUCAUUCUUCAAUCUUAUGAAGAAGAAGAGGAUGAAACUCGUGAUAGUAUCAACCGAAAGGCUACAAUUGUGAUUGAACACUUGAUCCAAGCAUCAGACGUUAGUCAUACCAUGCAGCACUGGCAUGUUUACCGAAAGUGGAAUGAAAAUUUGUUCCGAGAAAGCUACGCGGCAUACAUUGCUGGGCGAGCUGCUACGGAUCCAAGUAUCAAUUGGUACAAGGGGGAGAUCGGAUUCUUUGACUUUUACAUCAUCCCACUGGCGAAGAAGUUGGAAAGUUGUGGUGUCUUUGGCAAAUCGAGUGAUGAGUUUCUGAACUAUGCCAGGAGCAAUCGAGAAGAGUGGGAAAGCCGUGGUGAAUCGAUCGUUGCAGAGCUUGUGGCCAAUGUGAAGAAGGAGUUCAAAGAGAACGCAUAG